GCGUCUCUGAUAGUGGCUCAGGUGGCGUCGAGUGAAGCUCGCUCACGGGAGAAAGAAGCAGGCAGAGCAGCCGACGUGCAGCUCUGCCACAGGUGGAAGUCAAACACUAUAAGAUGAAACAUUUUGGACUACUGCUAUGUGUGUCUUUUGGCCACAUAGAAGCAGUAGACUAACCAUGAAGGACUGCAUCUGACACAAUUUGCUGUUUUGACAUGAGGACAAUAAAUGCGGCCCCUCGUCCGAGGAGACUCCGACGCAGUCGUGUCUUCUUCUUCAUCUCAGGUGUGCUCUUGUGUUUCUUCUACACGCUGACACUGAAAGCCAGGCUGUCAAACCUCAGAGUGUCACUCUCCAUCCAUACGCGGGACAUUGUGGAAUUAAAAGGAGGAGAUGAAGCUGUUGAGGAGGUCAGCGUUCCAGAAUUAACAUCACCUAAUGUAACACAGGAACAAGUCCAGUCACCCAAGAGUACCCAAGCCACUGUGGUUAUUGUUAACAGGACAGAUAUUGAGCAGUGUAUCUAUGUGGAACCCCAACCUCCCAAACCUCCACCGCCCACCGUAGCAAGCCCCCCUCACCAACCGCCGACCAGGAAGGGCGAGUACCCGGAGGAUAUCUUCUCAGUGGAACAGCGACGUCAAGGCUGGGUGGUUCUCCAUACCGUUGGGAUGAUUUAUAUGUUUGUGGCCCUCGCUAUCGUUUGCGAUGAAUUUUUUGUCCCUACUCUGGAGGUCAUCACGAACAAGCUGGACAUCUCUGAUGAUGUGGCCGGUGCCACCUUCAUGGCAGCCGGUGGCUCAGCUCCGGAGCUUUUCACUUCCCUGAUUGGCGUUUUUGUCUCCCACAGCAACGUGGGUAUCAGCACAAUCGUAGGCUCGGCGGUCUUCAAUAUCCUCUUCGUGAUAGGCAUGUGUGCCAUCUUCUCUCGGGAGAUGUUGCACCUAACCUGGUGGCCGCUCUUCCGGGACGUGUCCUUUUACAUUUUGGACCUCAUGAUGCUCAUCAUCUUCUUCCUGGAUAACACAAUUCUGUGGUGGGAGAGCACCAUGUUGGUACUGGGCUACAUAAGCUACGUGUGCUGCAUGAAAUUCAACAGCCAGAUUGAGCGCGUGGUGAAGACACAGCUCAACAAACAUGUGAGCAUCGUACAAGCCUGGACCACUGAUGAGCCUGACAAGGAGGGUGAAACGUUGCCACCUUCUCCGCCUCCCCCUCCACCUGCCGCUCCUGCUGCUAUGUCCAUCGAUGAGGGUAAAUCUGGAGAACAACCAGAGCCAACUCAGAGCUCUCUAGUGAGCAAACCGACAGAUCUCCAAGCGGACAAAGCCAAACUCAAGGUGCGUCCUGCCCUGCAGCGAGGCGGGAGCUCAGCCUCCCUCCACAACACCUCGUUGAGGAGCACCAUCUUCCAACUGAUGAUCCACACCCUGGACCCUCUGGGGGAAGACUCAACCCUUGGAGGGGCACACAUACCCCCUGGCGCGAGAAGAGCUAGGGGAGAGACGUCUUUUAACGGUGACAUCAAAGCGGAGGGGUUUAUGCAGAAAAAAGAUGACGGUCACGAGCCAAAAUGUGAGAAGUUUCCGCCUGGUCCAGAGGAGCCGUCGACCUCCCAGCCUCCAGCUGAGCAGGUGCCAAAUAACAUGACAGACAAACAGGAUGGGUCAAAGGAAAGCUCAGGUGGCAGAAGUGGCGAUGAGAGCACUGACGCAGAUAGCAAUGCAUCGAGUGAAAGUGAGGAUGAUGAUGGAGACAAAGAGGAAGAGGAGAACGAGCCCUUGUCUUUGGAUUGGCCCGAAAGCAGACGAAAGCAGGUCACUUACCUGCUCCUGCUGCCCAUCGUGUUCCCGCUGUGGCUCACGCUCCCUGACGUCCGCAACCCGACAUCCAAGAAAUACUUUGCCUUUACAUUUAUUGGCACAAUCUUGUGGAUUGCAGUUUUCUCCUACCUGAUGGUGUGGUGGGCUCAUCAGGUGGGUGAGACGAUAGGUAUCUCGGAGGAAAUCAUGGGUCUCACAAUCUUGGCAGCCGGUACGUCCAUCCCUGACCUCAUCACCAGUGUCAUCGUGGCUCGCAAAGGUCUGGGCGACAUGGCUGUGUCCAGCUCAGUUGGCAGCAACAUCUUUGACAUCACUAUCGGUCUACCGGUCCCAUGGCUCUUGUACUCGCUGUUGCACAACGGUCAGCCAGUGACUGUCAGCUCCAACGGCCUGUUCUGCGCCAUUGUGCUCCUCUUUCUUAUGCUACUCUUCGUCAUCAUCUCCAUCGCCACGUGUCACUGGAAGAUGAGCCGAACGCUGGGCCUCACCAUGUUCGCCCUCUACUUUGUGUUCCUCGUCCUCAGUGUCCUACUGGAGGACCGCGUCCUUGUUUGCCCCGUCUCCAUAUAACAUGAUUAUGUAAAAACUGCAUUAGGUCCUUUUUCAUACUAAUUAGGCUACAACUCAAUUUGACAUUGGGUGCAAAGGUGACUCUGAAGGAAACGAAUGUACAGUGGUACCUUGACAAUGAGUUUGAAAGUUACGAGGCUAGCCACUUAGGAACGAGAUGAAGGCAACAAGCUUCACAACAUCUGGCCACAAUCAGUUCACACUGAUUACUUUGCAGUGGAAGUACAAAUGCAAUUGUGGUUUGUGCCAGCAGUUUCUGAUUUUUGUGCAGGUAUUUCACAAAAUUUAUUUCUUCUAACAAUGGAAUGGAAAAAACAUACGUUGGAUUAAAGAACAGGUGUCUAACUCAAGGCCCGGGGGACAGAUCCUGCCCGCCACAUCAGUUUUUGGGUCC